CGUUUAAACAGUGACCACACACACGCGCACAUUUGGCCAUUUUGUUUGUUCAUUACCUUAACCCCCGCUCCUUUCCUCGUUUGUCUGUCUAUCUUCUCUUCACAGUCCAAGUCAAACACUUCAGGAGCCAAGCCAACACACCCCAUUCAAAUCCAAUCCUCAUUUCCAUUCUGCCUUUGUUUCUUCCACCGCAUAAACCAAAAAAACUACAUUCUUUCCGGGGUAGAAUUUUGAGAUGGACCGCCGGGGUUGGCUCUGGAAGAAAAAAUCAUCUGAUAAAAACAUAAAGGUUGAGAAUGAGAAACCAAUGCCUACAUCUGAAUCUGUUGGCCCUACCUUGUCUUCUGUGGCACAUGCAGGAGAUCAGCAAGACAACAUCAAAAAUAAGAAUUAUGUUCAAAUAUCAAUGGAAUCAUACGCACAUAUGUCUGGAUUGGAAGAUCAAGUUGUAAACUUGGAGGAUCAAGUAAAAGCUUUGGAAGAAAAGCUAUCUGCAGUUUAUUCAGAAUUAAAUAACAAGGAUAAUCUAGUUAAACAGCAUGCAAAAGUUGCUGAGGAAGCAGUCUCAGGUUGGGAGAAAGCUGAUGCAGAAGUUGUUUCCUUAAGACGUCAACUUGAAUCUUUGUCUCUCUCUAAGCUCACUGUUGAUGAGAAAGCAGCUCACCUAGAUGAAGCCUUAAAAGAGUGCAUGAAGCAGAUAAGAACUGUAAAGGAAGAAAGUGAGCAGAAACUGCAGGAGGUGAUUCUUAUGAAAUCUCAUCAGUGGGAGAAAAUCAAGUUAGAACUUGAAGCACAAAUAGACAAUUUGGAUGAAGGACUUCGUGAGUUAGCCAGUGAAAAUGCUGCCCUUCUAAGAUCAGUUCAAGAAAGUUCGAACAAAAUAGUGAAACUAAAAGAAGAGAAGUCUGAAGCAGAGGCAGAGGUAGAGCAUCUAGAGAAGAAUAUUCAGUCAAAGGAAAAAGAAAUAACCUCACUAAAGUAUGAGCUGCACAUGAUUUCUAAGGAGAUGGAUAUCCGUAAUGAAGAGAAGAAUAUGAUCAUGAGAUCAGCAGAAGUGGCAAACAAGCAACACACUGAGGAUGGCAAGAACAUUGACAAGCUAGAAAGUGAGUGUCAACGACUCCGUGGUCUUUUGAGAAAGAAGCUACCUGGGCCUGCUGCAUUGGCACAAAUGAAGCUAGAAGUUGAGAGUUCACACCAUGUCAUCAGUGCACCCCAUCUGAGAAAAACUAGUUCAAAAACUGAUGGCCUGCAAGCAUCUGAGUUUCUUACCAAACAAUUGAAGGUGUUGGAAGAAGAAACAAAGACAUUGAAAGAAGCAUUGGCCUCAAGUAAUGCUGAGCUGCAGGCUUCUAGGAACUUGUAUGCUAAAACGGUUGGCAGACUUAAGCGCUUGGAAGCAGAGAUACAUCAAGAAAGAAACUCCCAGAAAGCAAUGUUGGCAACCAAUUAUGGAAACCCCUUCAGUAGAGUUUAUAGCUAUCCACCAAGCAUCACUUCUAUCUCUGACAAUGGGCAUGAAGAUUCAGAAAGUCAUGUUGAGUCAUGUGCAACAUCAAUUCCUGACCAUUCUGAUAUCAGGAGGAUUGGAAGUGUAGGUAAAUUAGAGAAUCAUAAGAGUGAAACUAUCUCAGAACUGAUGGAUGACUUUCUGGAAGUGGAGAAGAUGGCAUGUUUAUCAGACAAUGGUGGUGUACCUCUUGGCAUCAUUAGUAAAGCUAAUGAUGAUGCUGAAGAUAAAAAGGAGACUAGCUGUUUAUCUUCAAAUAAAAAUUGUUUUGACAGGAUAAACCAAUCAAUAGAACCUGAGGCAGCUGAACAUGUCGAGCAUAUGCAAGAUCUUAAGGAAAAAAAGAUGAUGUUACUGGAAAACAUGCAGCUUCUAGAAGAACUUAAAGCUCAAUUGGCAUCGUCUAAUAAAUCAUGUAGUUUAGGUGAGAUUCAACUGAAAUGCAUGACUGAGUCUUACAGGUCACUUCAAACACGUGUAGAGGUGUUAGAAGCUGAAAAUAAGUAUUUAAAGGAAAAGAUGGAUGAGCUAAAGAAUGAUCUUGCAGAGGAAAAACAAAGUCAUCAUGAUGCUUUGGUGAGGUACAAAGAAAUUGAAGAGAAAAUGCAAAGGGACAAGUGCUUGGUGUGUGCAUCAAACUCAGCAGCAAAUUCUGGGAAGGAUAAAGAACUAGCAGCUGCAGAGAAAAAGCUGGCAGAAUGUCAGGAGACUCUGUCUAUACUUGGUAGGCAGUUGCAAGCUAUGUGCCCUCAGAUAGGUGUAACCAUGACUCAUCAUAGUAAAAGGCUUCAAAUGAAUGAAAAGUUCGCCAAACCAACUUAUGGCUGGUCAAAUUCUUAUGGUUCAUGUAACUCAAAUGAAAUUGAUCGUGCUGAGGCAUGUAGCGUAGUGUCUGACAUUCAAGGAGUGACUGAUGAGUUAUCAUCGCAUAAUAACUCUGGUGCCACAUCAUGUCUUUCAGACACCGAAGGGAACUAUUGGUUAAACCCUUGAAUAAGGUUAAACUCUUACUGAAUCAAAUUCCUAUUCUUCAGCUACUGCUAGAUGAAAGAAAGCUCAUGGUUUGAGCCACUUCUUUUUGUCAAAAGAGUAGUCACUAACAUUGUUAAUUGACUUUAUUCUCAAGUGUCAUCGAGAGCUCCCCGAUGAUGUUGUACAUAGACAGACUAUAUAGUCAAAAUUUGUAUUGAGAAUGAUGUGUUUAAUUCUCUUCAAUAUGUUGUUGAUUUUGGGUAAACUUUGAUUCUUAUUCCAGCACUUGUAUUACAUGAAUCUGUGAGGCUUCACCAAUCUGGUUAUAAAAGAUAAAGAUCCUUUUUUUUUU